AAUAUAUCAAAGUAUUCUCCGUGAAGGUUUGUUAUUAUAUAAUUUGGCACUUAUAUUUUUCGUGCUAUGGACCCUGUCCAAUUAUUGUGUCAAAGUUUAUCACAGCUCAUCUAUACUGCCCUUUGAACAAAUUAUACAACAAUUGAAAAUUGAAUAGAAAGUUGUCUUUAAAAGUUCACUCAAUGUCACAGUUCUUUUUUAAGUACUGUUAUUUUAUUGUUCUUGAAAUGUAGACUAUUAUUUGCAUUGAUAAUGAUGGAGAACUUGCAAACGUUUGUCACAAAUCACCUAUUACAGCUUCAUAAUUCAGCAACUUUGUCAGUUGAAUUAAUAUUUUUUUUUUAUCAACAGUGCAUAGCCCUGGCUUUGGUGGCGUGUAGCAGCGCCGAGCCUCCUUCCGGAUAUAACUACAACCGGCCAUCCGGCGGCGGUGGAUUCAGCGGUGGUUUCAGCGGUGGAUUUAGUGGUGGAUUGAGCGGCGGCGGUGGCUACCGUGCCGUUUCCUCCGGAUACCAGACCUCCGAAGGCCAGAACGUCGACCCCCAACUCCUCGAGCAAGUCCGCCAGAUCCUCCUUAAAGAAGAAGCCUCCUCGUCCUCCGGCUUCGGCGGUGGUUUCGGCGGCGGUCACGCUCCCUCCUCCUCCUACGGUGCCCCCUCAUCCUCCUACGGAGUCCCAUCCAGCUCCUACGGAGUGCCAUCUGCCCGCGUCGUCGGCAUCAACCUUGAGGGAGUACGUCAAGCCAUCCAAGUAGCCCAAUUCGAACAAUCCGGUGGCUCCUCCGGUGGAUAUGCGUCUGGACCUUCCUCUUCGUACGGAGCCCCUGCCCCCUCUGGCAGCUACGGCGCCCCCUACUAAAUAAACCAAAAUCGUACCGAACGCAUCUAAACUGCUCUGUUAGUCAAACCAGUUGAAUGCCACAUAGUUCGGUUGUACUAUUCGGGAACGCCUACUUCAACCAUGGCGGCUCGAAUGUUUAUUCAAUUGGGCCGGUGGUCACGUACAAUGUAGGUGGCGCCGGCCGCGUACCAUCACAGCGGCCAACGCUUGCGACUAUGCACGUACACGGGUUAGCUACACCCCAGCGACCAGCCAGGCGUCAAUGGAGACGCCAUGACAUAUGUCACUGUCACCGCGACAGCUGUCAGAGUCGCCGCCAAAAGGACGCAGUGGCUAGCCGCUGGGACGAACUCAUGUCUCUGUAUAAAGUUUAUCUUAAGAUUAGCUUAAUUUAUCUUUUAAGUUUUUAUUUUGUUUACAAAAAAAAUAAAUACAUUUUGACACCGU